GACCUCAAUGCCAAAGGUGAAGUAAAAAAUCAAUAUAAUCAUGGAUGCAGUACAGAGAGAAGAAGGAGAAGCCAAAGAGAGAAGAGAGGAAAAGGUGAUAGACACAAGCCUAAAGGAUCUCUCAAGGAAGCUAGAGGAAUUUGCUAAAGCUAGAGAUUGGGAACCAUACCAUAGCCCUAGAAACCUACUCCUUGCAAUGGUUGGUGAGGUUGGAGAGCUAUCAGAAAUAUUCCAAUGGAGGGGAGAGGUGCCCAAGGGCUUACCAAAUUGGGAAGAAGCUGACAAAGAGCAUCUUGGGGAGGAGCUAUCUGAUGUACUGUUGUACCUCAUUAGGCUGUCUGAUAUGUGUGGUAUUGAUCUUGGGGAAGCUGCAAAUAAGAAAAUUGUUAAGAACGCCAUCAAAUAUCCAGCAUCCAAGGUCUCCUAAGGGGGCAAAAUAUUGCUCCAUCCCCAUCUUUUCUUGCCAAGUUAAUUAAACGAGGUGGCAACAUGUUUCUAUCUAUACCUUUUCAAAAUCAAAAUAACAAUAAUAAUAUAGUUUUGGUUAUUAGAGCUUGUUUUAAGGGUUUUGGGAGCAUCUAAAAUCCUGUAUGACAACUACUUAUAGAGACCAUUUUUGUGAAAACAUUAAUGCAUAGUUUGAGAGUUUGCUUGAAGAUGAGUUGGCUUUCAUUAUGUUUGAGAUCUUUCAAGUUUCUACCUAAAAAUUUGAGGUGUAUUUUUAUUUUGUUGAGAAUAAUGUUGGAUACUAUAGCUUUUUAAGUCUUGAAUUUGGUUGG